UUUGAAUGUUAUUUGAAGGAAUUGCUUUGUGUACGCUAUACGUAUGCUAUAUACUACAAGAGUUCUCCAAGGCUACCAGCCUCUCCUAAAUGAAGUAAUGAGGGAGCAAAUCAGAUAAAGCAGUUACCUGUGAAAUUUGUGGAUGUUAAUUCUUUAACAUAUUGGAUAACUACUGUCUGUAGGUUGUAUAAGGUGGUUCUUAUUUGCCUUUCAUCUUGAAGCUCACCUGGGGGAAACUUAUUAUUACUUAAAAGUGAACUAAAUGCUGCUUAUAACUAAACAUAAAGAAGAGAGGCACUAGAUUACUAACAAGACAUACAUGUGGACUUCAAACUGCUAAUUUAAAAACACAAUAAUAAAAACUUAAGCUUUCCUUUAGUGGUGCCUCAUUACUCUGAAAUCCCCUUUGGGAGUGUAUUCAGAGUAGCAGCCGUGUUAGUCUGUAUUCGCAAAAGGAAAAGGAGUACUUGUAUUCGAUGAAGUGACCUGUAGCUCACGAAAGCUUAUGCUCAAAUAAAUUUGUUAGUCUCUAAGGUGCCACAGGUACUCCUGUUCUUAUUACUUCAUUAACUUCUGCUGAUUUACAUCAUUGUAAAUGAAAUCCAAAUCAGAUCCUUUUUCUUAGUUUAUUGAACAUGAACAAUACUUAGUUUAACCAUGAAAAAGCAAUACUAUUUUCUCAAGAUAGAUAAAAGCUUUAGUCCCUAAAAGGUUGACAAACGCUGUAUGUGAACUGCCUAGAUAAAAUGGAAUGGUACAAAUCCCAUUAAAACUAUGUUUGCAAAGCUGUUAGUGGAGCUCUCAUACUGGUCAUUAACAAGGGCUGAAAAUAAUAUCUUUCUUGGAUUGGUUGACUUAGCAUCAAAAUCUGUAAUAAAUGCAAGCUAAAUGAUUAUAGAAUGUUUGGCAAGAGGCUAAAUUGACUAAUUAUUGGAUUUUUUUUUUAGGUGAACCAGUUCACUCUGUGAAGGUGAAGUACAGGCAGACAGAAGUGAAGAUGACUAUAUAUAAAAUGAUUUCUAAUCCAUAACAAGAUAUGAACCUCGUAUAAAUGAUUUGACGAGUGCAAACUGUUCAGUAAAUGAGGCCACAACUUUAAUGAACAUCACAAAUAAUCAACGCUAGCAAAUUGCUAAUAGUCCUUCAGCCAGCCAUGGGAGCACACCUGCACUUGUCCCCUGCACUGUUAUAAAUGAAUACUCCCCAUUUCCUUCUAGUCUCUACCAUAUUAAGAAACUUCCACAUGUGGUUAUUGUGGGUAUACAUGCACUGAAGCAAACAGCCAGAUACUGCUUCUAAUUCCCCCUGCAAAUAUUAAAGAUACCUUCACCUGAUGUCACAGAUGUAUGUUAGCUAGAUAGAGCAUGGGAAGGAGCUGAACCCAGUCCUAUCUCUUGCCCCUACGGCUCUUGUAAUUAAGCCCUUUGGUAUCUGGACCACAGCCCAUCUGUGACCCAUGAUUGGUGCCAGCUACAUCAACCAGAGUGAAAACCAGUCCCCUCUGAGGUUGGGCACACACAGGAUCAGAGGUGUAGCUUGGGCAAGUUCCGGCAGGUGAGGAAGUGGUGAAAGAAGGGAUACAAAUUCUGUUUCCCUCAGGGAUCUUUCCUGCCACCCUGGUUAAAGUACAGGUGCAGAAUUGGGUAUCUCAUGCAGAGCGGAAAGGAAGGUUUUCACACAGGUUUCAUUCAGGCACAUAUGUCUUCAUCCAUCACUUUCUUACCUCACAUGGCCAGACUGCAGUCCAGACUCCAGUAUUACAAAAUACUGGUUUAUGUAAGAACCAAACAGGUGUGCUCCUAAUUUCUGGGGACAGAUAGCAGGAACCAUCCUUUUGUUCUGUGUUUGUACAGCAUCUAGCACAAUGGAAUCCUGGUCCAUGACUAGGGCUCCUAAGCACGAGAGUAAUACAAAUAAUACAUCAUAAUACUCUCAGCCGUUCUAUUCCUAGCUUAAUGCAUGCUGCUGGAUAGCUAUGCAGAUCUGAAAGCAAUGAUUUAGGCAAUGAGAGUCCUAGGAAGAGAGGUGCUGUGGCUGAUUAAUUUACUGGGCCAGAGGAAGCAUAGCACUUUGGAGCUCAAUAAAAAUGUGUUUUUUUUUCCUGUAUAAAAAGAAAACAAGGUUCAGUUAACUAUGACAUGACUGGGAGCAUCCUGCAGCCACAUUUCUUAUUCUGAAGGUGAUUCAAAAUACUGUGAAUUUGGAGUGUUCGAAAGUGUGUGGGCCAGAGUCAGGAAAGCUGUAAACAAAACCAGCUGCCAGGGUUAUGCAGUACACAUGCUGACGAUGUUUGCUUGAGGCAUGGGGCAGAAGGGUUUCUGUAAAUGAUACCAUGUCACACCUGCAAAACAUGUAUCAGACAUAUGGCCCAUUCCUUGUCUCAGGCCAAAAUGCCAUAUGUUUUCAUGGAGAUUUCAAAAUGCUUUUAUAUCUUAACUUCACUGGAGGGGAUAUUUGUUUAAUUUCCUUCUCUUCUGAGUUGUUUCCCUAUAAAUAAGGUCAUUUUCUGUAAUCUCACUGUGCAAAAACAUUAAAUGAGGACAAUUUGGCUUCUGUUCAUUGAUUUUAUAGUUCCUUCUAAGAGGUCACCCUGCAUUUAUACAUAUAUAUAUUAUAGUGCAGGUGAUACAUAAUGCUGUUUCCUUGCUUGCAUCUAUAUAUAACCAUGAAUAUUCAUAUGCUAGUUCUGAUUUAGUAAGGGGAUAAAUCACAAUGAAAUUAUAUAUACCCAUCAGAUGUGGUGUGCUGGUGAUAGUUAUUUAUCACCUGAUUCCACUAUUUAUCCUGUUCUUUUAAUCACUGCUCCUGCACUCUGGCUACCAACUCUUCUCCCCUAGCAAUGAUUUUACCAAUCAGACCUUCUGAGCAGGUACCACAGAAAUGCUUUUUCUUCCCCUCCAAUUGUGGAAUUCCCCGCAACUUUCAGAGGUUCUCUUUCCCCCUGCCACCUGUAGGAAUCUUCAGUCCUGAGUUAGCCACCUAGGCUCCUCAUACAACAUGUGGAGAGAGCGAGAAAGGGAUCCUCAGAUGCCAGCAAGCCAAGUGUGGAGCUGCCAAAGCUAGCCAGGAACUAAAUGCCAAGGAGAGGGGAAUUGGAGCCUACGCAGCUAACCUGGCUGAUCCAUCUGCUCAGGAUCCUUAGCUGCAAAUGUUCUCCUGCAGUUAGGCAUCUAAGCUAGGUCAGACACUUUAGGUAGCACAUGCCCUAGCAGUUGAAACAGUCUUAUCUCCUGAUCACACUCAGUACCUUUCUCUCAUUUGCCCUACAUUUCCCUGUGCCUAUUGUGUGAGUGCUGGUCUGCCCCCUGUGACGGGUUGGGCCCCCUGGGAUGUCACCUGGUUUGCUGGGAUGCCCCUGAGGCAGACUAUUCUGCCAGCCUGAGCCCCCUUUUACCUAGUCUUGCUGGACUAGGCUCCCCUGCCUUUUCCAGCUAAGCAGACAGGCAGGGCCACACCCAGCUUCACAGAGACAGAGAUCCUCUCUGAGAAGGCUCAGCUUAAGGGGCUUGCCACAGCACCCAGAUGACCACCCCCUCCCACACACACACACACACACACGGAGUAUAAACCCAAAAUUAUGUGAAAUUCGUCUCCUCCCUCAGCGUGGAGGAGGGUAUGCACAACUUCUCUUCCUGCCCCCACCCCCAUUAGAAAUCACAUAAACUGGGUUAUAGCUCAGAAAUGUAUUUCUGGUUUACAAUAUAACAGGUGUAUUUUAAGUAGUUGAGGUAGCAGACAGAACAAGGCUGAUUACUAAGAAACUAGAGCAUGCAAACUCAGCUUAAUACACUAAAGAAACUGGUUACAUGAAAGUUCUCACCCUAAAUGUGGUUCUAAUAAUCUUCACAGGUCAGUCGCCCUUCCAACCUGGGUUCAGUUCUUUCCCCCAGUUCAGUCUUAGUUGUUUCCAGCAGUCAUUUUGGGUGGGAUAGCAGGGGAGAAUUGAUGACCUGGAUUACCUCACUCCCCACCCUUAAACAGGAUUUGCAUGAGGUGGGAGUCCUUUGUUUCCUAGUUGCCCCUCCCCCCCAGCUUCUCGUGGAAAAGUACAGAAUUCAAGAUGGGUUCCAGUAUCAGGUGAUGUGGUCACAUGCCUCUGUAGGGCCCCUGUAGCCAUUCUUCACAGGCUGACCCACAUGUUCACAGGGAGACUAGGCUCUUUUACAGUCCAUUGUCUCUUGCUGAUGGGCCAUCAGCACUAUUGGGCUUUUCAUUGUUGUACCUGAAGGGUUAGCAGGGGAUGUCACCCAAAGUAACAUAUUUGAAACAUAGUCAAUAUUCCUAAUUUCAGAUACAGAAAUGAUACAUGCAUACAAAUAGGAUAAUCACAUUCAGUAAAUCAUAGCCUUUCCAAUGAUAUCUCACAUGAUCCUCUUGCAUGAAGUAUAUCUCAGUUAUGGCAUAUUCAUAUCAUAAGCAUGUUGUCAUAAAGAAUAUGGAAUGACAUGUCAGACCCCCCCACUGGUGGCCUGCAUCCAGGCCUUUGGGUAUGGGGUCUGACAGGUCUCUGUGCUCUGAGCACACCUACAGGAUAGGGCCUGUGGGUGAGAUAAGUGUUUCCCAUCCUUGUUUGAAAAGCCUGCUUUGGGGCCUCCAUGGUUUCCACUUGAACUAGGGCUCUGUGCUACACAUCAGCUGUGGGGUGGGAUUAGGGGCAUGUGGGGCAUUAGGACUUUCGUGGCUUUGUGAAUGGUGAUCAGCAGAAACCUAGGUGCCUGGAGCCCUAUUCGGUUAGGUGGCAGCAAAAAUGUCAAUGGUGAAUGGUGAAUUCAAGAGUCCUAGCGUGCGGUAGUGCGGCCUAGCUGAUAGAUCACUGGACUGGGCCUCAGGAGACCUAAGUUCUAGUCCUGGCUUUACCACUGGCCUGCUGGGUGGCCUUGAGCAAGUCUCUUCCCCUUGUUGUGCCUCAGUUUCCCCAUCAGUAAAAUGGGGAUGAUAUUGAUCUUCUUUGUAAAGCACUUUGAGAUCUAGUGAUGAGUUAGGGAUUAUUAUUAGUGAUUAGUCUCAUUGCUAGAUAACACUUUCCUGUUACUUGGCUAAAAUUAGCCUGCUAUACAAAGGUGAAUUAUUUUACACUGAAGCUUCUUUUUAUCAUUCCAGUCAGUGUUAUAUGCAAGAUCUGAAACAACAAUAUGUGUUGGGCGCUUCUUCCUAGUGCUGGGCUGCUGCUGUCCUUGUGUUUUUAGCUGGGAUUUUGGUGCUGUGUCUCAAUUUAGAAGCACUGUGUUUAAUGUUCAUUGGUUGCCAUAGUUCCAAGAGUUUCUCACAGUUGAUAGAAGAGAGAUUUCUGAGAAAGCCAUUUAACUGAUAACCUUAGUCUGGUGUUCGGCACAUAGCACUCACUGAGCAUAUUUUGUGAUUCUCUGUAGUAACUGAGAUACAUUUCCCUCUUUGGAACAAAUCCUGGUCUCUCUAUUAUUAGCACUGUGUGUUUAACAAUAGCAGUUAUACAUGGGGGAUCAUUUCCUGUGUGGGUCAGGAGACUCUUCUAGCUUGCACUUAUUCUAGACACCUGUCAGGGGUUAUAAUUUAUCUUUGCUUUAUUUGAUAAAGACCUUUCUUAUCUUUCUGCGUCAAAGACACAUACAGGAACUGAUUGAACAAGCAAACAUCCCCAAUCACUUUCUCUUCCCACCCAUUGAGUUUAUUCUGCCAGUAGCCUCCUGCUGCCAGCAGCUGAGGACUUCGGGGUUUUUUUUUCAUCUCCCAGCACAUCUCUGCGGGCAAAGAGAAAAAUCUGAAAGAUCUGGAAACUACAGCAGACUGAUGGCGGCUUGAAGAACAGAGUAUGGCCAUUCCAAGAGAACAACCUGUCUCUUGAAGAAUCAGCCAAGAGUUAAAGGCACCAGGUCUUAUUUUUUUUCAUUGGGUCCUGCUCUUUCAGUCCAGACUUCAGCUGCACAUUUCCUUCCAGCUUGGCUUUCUCUGUGGUGGAGUCAAUAUAGACUGUGGAGUCAGUUACGCCUCUUGGAGCCAAUGUGUCUCCCAUCCUCACCUCCUAAGGAAGAUGAGCCACAUCUUUUAUGCAGUGUUACAUUCUCUCCUGGGCUUCUUCAUCCCCUCAGCCAACCUGCUGGUAAUUGUGAUUGUCUACAAACUAAUGAAGAAGCAGCAGGGAAGAAGCUACAUCUUCAUCCUCAACCUGGCUGCUGCAGACCUGCUGGUGGGAGUGAUGUGCAUUGCAGAGGCACUUGAUGAUAUUCUGGAUGGAGACUUUGACAAGAAUUUAUCCUUUUGUCUCUUGCGGACCUGCAUGAGCAUGACACCUUGCAUUGGCUCCAUUCUCACCUUGCUUUUGAUUUCCCUGGAUAGAUACUUGGCAGUGAAGCGCCCCCUUUAUUAUCCUACCCUCUUGAACAAAAAACCCGUGGUCUUCUCUCUCACCAUCCUAUGGGCCGUCUCCAUCUUGUUUGGGCACAUGCCUUUGAUUUUUCCCUCCCUGCAGCAAAGCAACUACACGGGUUACUGUGGGCUCCUGUAUGCAGCCAAGAGUGACUACCUAUAUGUGACCUGCUUUGGGAUCUUCAUCCCUUCCUUGUUGGUCAUGAUCUGCCUGCACAUCUCAAUGGGGAGGAUUGCCUACUCGCAGCACAAGCGAAUCAGGCGCACCUGCCUGCAAGCAGAACCCUUCACUGCUCACCUCCGCCACUUCAAGGCACUGCGGACAGUACUUAUAAUGAUUGUCAGCUUCACCACCUGCUGGGGACCUUAUUACCUGGCAGGCUUUGUGCAAGCUACUUGUGACUCCUGCAACCUGGCUGACCCGAUUACAGAUGUCUUAUUCCUGCUGGGAGAAAUCAACUCCCUCAUCAACCCCCUCAUCUAUGCUCUGUACUGCAAAGAUAUAAGAAGCCAGCUGCCCAAACUGAUGAAGUUCAAGAAGAAAGGCCAAGUAAAGCCUCUGGCUGUGGUUCACUUUAAUAUUCAAGCCCUUGAUGGUUUAUCCAAUGGAGAGGCUAAAAGACCCGAUUCAUCUGGGGUUCAAGUCCCCAGUACUACUUUCUUCAACAGUUCUAGCCCCUGCAAAAUAGUCUUCUCAGUGUCAUGAUCCAAAACAGAAGAGAAGCUCUGCAUGAACCACCAGUGAAGUGGAAUAUGAGACUGACAGUUUUCUAGUGUAACAACCAACCAACCACCUGGACCUGGAGCACGUUGACUGGUAUCCAGAUUUACUACUUUCCCUUUUGUCCUUCUCUGUGUAAAAGGUAGCUGAGCUGGCUGGGAAAAAAAAUCAAAACUUUGACACAAAAUGGUGGGGGUAUUGUUUUUUAAAAAUAGCCUAUAACAGUUCUGUUUGGACAAUUAAACUCUGCAAUACUUUACUACCAGUGUUAUAAACCUGAACAUACCCUGAGCUGCUGUGCACUCUUGCUCAGACCUGGGUAAAUCAGGAGUAACUUCUUUUGAAGUUAUGUAUUCAUCAAGGGCAGUUACGCACAGGAUCAUUUCCUGCGUGGGCCAAAGAGACUCUAUUUGCACUUGUUUAGAAACCCAGCGGCAGCAGGUUAUUACUUUAUCUUUACUUUGUUUGGUGAAGUCCUUUCGUAUCUUUCUGUGCCAGCCACAUUCUGUGAAUGAGUGAACCCGUCAUCUUACCCAGCUGCUGUCACCAAGUGAAAGCCAGAUCAGUCAGGCUCUGUAUUUCCUCUGUAUCAAAAUAUAUUGUGCAUUAGCUAAACAACACAAUUCUGCUUUACCAUAUGUAAAUAUAUAUUCCUGAGCUUUUAAAAUAUAGCGGUGGUCAGAGGGCAGUGGCCCAAAGUUGCGGCCACCUAUCAAGUGACUGGCUGAUGGUUUAUGUGACUUCAGCUUGAGCCAAGUAGUGCUCAGUGGAUUGGUGUCCAUAUCACACAGGCCACCAUAACGAAUACCCUUUGGCAAUCUUUGUUGGUCAUCUCAGCAGUGGGAGCAAGAAUCAGGUGGAUAUGGAGCUUGAACCAUCCCUAUAAGAAAUCCCUUCUAGUUAAGGGUAGGAAUGCACUUGAAGGACAAAAUAGGAAAGCCUGCAGUGUUGCUACCGGUGUGCAGAGAAUGUGGUUAAGGCACUGGACUGGAACUUAAGGGAGCUGGAUUCAGUUCCUUGCUCUUUCAUUGACAUUUUGUGUACAAGAGAUCUUGGGCAAGUCACUUAAUUUUUCUGUGCCUCAUUCCCCAGCUGUAAAAUGGGGAUAUUAAUGCUUCCCUUCUGCAUGCUACUGAUAGGGGUGUAAAGAUAAGUCCACAAAAUCCUUGUGUGGACUCAGCCACUACGGUGAGGAGGGAACAAAACAAACAAGACAUCUAGCCCCUGGCCAACUUUUCUCUUUUUAACACAAGGUGAGUGUAAUUCCUACUCAAUACAGCACAUGAGCUCUGUCAGGAACACUUAUGUGCGCCUCUCUAUUAAUACUGAUGUUAACUAGUCACAACCUUAAACAUACACUGUAUUGUUUGCACACCUCCUUCUAGUUGUGACUUAACAUUAAAUAUAUUAUUCUAAUAUAGGCGACACACACGCUGGAAUUUUACAUUUCUGAAAAUGAAUAGAUUAAAAACAUUAUUUUUAUAGUUUGGGGGCAGGGGUUCUUUUUUUUAAAUACAGAUCAAAUGGUUCUACUCUCAACCACUAUUAGAAAUGAGCAAAGGCAGCAUCUCUGACUCAUGCCCCAAUAGUACAUGCUUUGAGACAGUUAACAUAAAUCAGUGCAUCCCGAAGGGCACCAUUCCGUAACCACUUACCACUAGGUAUAAUGCAUGAAUAAUCCCACUUAUACUAAUGGGACUACUAAAGGUAGAAAGCACUGUCUUUGGUGUAAGGUGGGUUACUGGCCUCCUGGAUUGGUGUUGAAGUAA